CGUGCGUGCUAGUAUAUAAGCGCUGCGCAGGCGUCCGGUCUUUCUUUUGAGGGUAACGUGGCUUGUGGGUUUGGUGUGCUUCGGCUCCCUGCUUCUCCUGACUCACCGCUGUUCGCUCUCGCAGAGGAACAAGUCGGUCAGGAAGCCGCGCCGCAGCCAUGGCUUUUAAAGACACCGGAAAGACGCCUGUGGAACCAGAGGUGGCGAUUCACCGCAUUAGGAUCACCCUGACGAGCCGCAACGUGAAGUCUCUGGAGAAGGUGUGUGCUGACUUGAUCCGAGGUGCAAAGGAAAAGAAUCUCAAAGUGAAGGGACCUGUUCGGAUGCCUACCAAGACCCUAAGAAUCACUACCAGGAAAACACCUUGUGGUGAAGGAUCAAAGACUUGGGAUCGUUUCCAGAUGAGAAUCCACAAGCGACUCAUUGACUUGCACAGUCCUUCAGAGAUUGUUAAACAGAUUACUUCCAUCAGUAUUGAGCCAGGUGUGGAGGUUGAAGUCACCAUCGCAGACGCCUAAGUCAACUAUUUUUAAUAAACUGGCUGUCAGUUGCUAAAA